UAAUUGAGUGACUUUAACCGAGAUUAUUUGAAACUCAAUUAUGGUCGUAUCUCGUUCUCGUAGUAGUGAAGAGCCAAGUCCCGCCAAAAUUCCACACUCUUUCUCUCUGUAAAUCUUCGGCUGUUAAGCUAUUUAUCCCAAUUAAUCUUCCUUAUUAAAAUUCUUUUAAACAAAUUUUGGUUCAAAUCCUUUGUACAAAUUCAUACUUUGAUAAAACUUUAUGCAAAACCCUUUUCUAGGGUUUAUCAUUUGCAGAAUCAAAAAAUUUCUGCAAAAUCCGGAACCUCUUUUUCGCUUAAUCAAAUUCAACUGAAAUGGAUAAUAAUUCAAUUGACGGAGUUCCGUCGAAUGAUUCAAUUAGAGAAUUAUUUGGUCCUCCACCUCCAAGACGCCCAAUUCCCAGCAAUUCUUUCAAUGCCCUUGUUAAAAUAUUUUCUCUAUUUUCUGAUCAGAAUCCCUUUUCCGAGUGUGUUUCUUAUGCUCAAAUUCCAGAGUAUUCGAAGCAGUGUGUAGAUAAUCCAAAUGAUUCAAGACGACUACUAUCAGAUGAUAUACACAGUGACGUGGUUGUGCCAAGAGGUGAGAAAGAAGCUUCUAAUGGAUUGGCUGGUUUUGAUUCUGUGGGUGAUCAUGAUGUAAAUAGCGAGGGGAUUUCUGGGGACUUUUCUAACGAUAUCGGUUUAAGUGGCUCAAAACUUAUAUUAGAUGAGUUGGGUAGGGAAAAUAAAAACAAAACCUUGGAAAAAGUACCUUAUGAUGAGGAGGGUACCGGCAUUGAGAGGGCUGAGGUUGACAAAGUCCAUGCAGAAUUGUCAGGUAUUGAGAGAAUUCUCAUGGAUGAAUCAGACAAUUUUGAUGUAUUACAACAGCCAGACAAAGAUGCGGAUUUUGAUUUUUUGAAUGAUUUUAGCUGUAUUUUGGACACAGAUGUUUGUGUUAAUAAGUCCAUGACAGUUGAAAGCAACAGUAGCGAAAAACUGAUUGCUGUUGAUAGGAAUACGAAGGAAGAUGCGGCAGGGGAGAAGAAGCGAAAAGAUGUGGAAGUAAACCUAUCAACUUCUGGAGGCGAUGGAGCAAAAACUCAUACUCAUCUUCCUGUGGUUAGAGAGAUAUCCGACUGUCAAGAGGUUGUAAAUCAGUCUGUUGGCACAUGUCCUGGAGAGGGUCAGAGAAAGAAGAGAAAGCUUUGCAAAGAAAAAGCGCCUCAAGAUUUAUCAGAAUUUGGAGGUCUAACUUUUGCUGCACAGAAAAGCAACAAUGCAGGAGGAACAGUCUCAAAUAGCAUCACGAAGGGGAAUAAGGUUGGUGUUGCUGCUAAAGAAAAAACAAAGAAGGUUAAGGACACAUUUCACACAUCUGCGAAGGAUGUAAAUUCAGGAAAAAGUAAGCUUUUAGUUGUAAGUGGUGAGACUUCGUACAACAUGAAAUCUGGGGAUGCUGAUCCAAUUGUGCGUGGGAAGAUGGCGAAGCAAAAUACUAAGAGAAAGGACGGAAAUGCUAGGCCCAAGACUUGUGUGAAAUUUCACUACUCUCGAGAGGAGUUGCUAAAUCUUAGGAAGAUAACUUCUUUCCCUGAGGAUAUUCUGAAACUUGCACGAGAAAUGGAUGCUGAGGUACAUGGUAAAUACCAGAAAUCUGCUGCUGGAAAACUGACUGAUGUUGGUGGUGCUAAGAAGGAAAAGCUCAGUACUUCUACAGAGGAUAAAAUGACCGAGGAAGAGGGCUCUAGCAUCUUGAAGCAUAAAAAACGAGGCACUUCUUCAGAGGCAAGGAAGGAAAAGAAAAAGCAAAAGAGAAGGAAGAAACGAGCAGAAAUGAACAAAAAACAUGGCAUCAAAAGAUUGAUACUUACACCUAUUGUGAAACCAAAAGUUAUCCAACCCUGCCGCCAUUAUCUUAAUGGAAGAUGCCAAGAGGGUGAGAAAUGCAAGUUUUCACAUGAUGUGGUACCCCUGACAAAAUCCAAGCCUUGCUGUCACUUCGCACGUCAAGCUUGCAUGAAGGGGGAUGAUUGUCCAUACGAUCAUCAAUUAUCCAAGUAUCCAUGUAACAGUUUUGUGACUACAGGUUUUUGCAACAGAGGUGAUAUCUGCCUAUUUUCACACAAGAUUUCUGCCAAGGAAGGUUCGGAAACUGCCGCAGCUGUUUCGAAAUGUGAGGCCACUUCUCUGGAUCAACUUGACAAGUCAAAUUCUAAACAGCUGCUCAAUGCCAAAGCAUCCUUCUCUUCUGGUAUUGUAGCAACUCAGACCAGUCAUCAAGCAAAGGCGCCGAAAGGUUUAAGCUUUCUUCCGUCCGGAAAAUCUUCUUCACCCAAGGAUUCUGUUGGUGGUGGUGCUGAUGCUGGAACUAUUACUCAGCCAAAUACAGCAACCACAGCUUUCAACCUGAUUAAAGGCUUGAUUGAUACCCCUGCUUCAGACACACCUCAAGGAACGGAUUUUAUCUCAAUUGUGAAAUCCUCGGUUGGUAACUUAGGGGACAAGAAACAAGCCAGCCCUUUAUUACAUAGGGAUAAUUCUAGAUUUUGUUCAUUUGGAAAGUCGGGGGAUGACUCCUCUCACAGAAGUGUUGACACUGCUGGUACUAGUAGUCAGCUGAACAAGGGAAUAAUGCCAAGCAGAGUACAAAGUGUGUGUAGAAUGCUAGAAACUAACCCGGCUCCAUUGAGCCCUAAGAACAACUCCAAUGGUCCUUUUUUUAACCGCUGGAGUUGCUCUAAGCAAAUUAGUGUUCCGUCUUCCGGUGGACCUCCAUAUGAUAAUAGUGGUGGCAAAUCACAAGUUGAUUCUCAGAUUAGAGAGAAGGAAAGUGCAAAUGGAUCUGAGAAGGCGGCAAUACAACCAAAACUAUGGGAUUCUCCAACUUCAGGUCAAUGCUCGACCAAGGCGGUUGGAGUGAAAAACACACCAAGUACGUCUCAAAGGGCACUCUUGUCUGCACUCUCAUUCGCGGCAAAAUAUGAAUCUGGGAUAAAGAUGACGACUUCAGCAGGUUCUGCUAAAGAGGUCACUAAGAAUGAAGGGAAAAUUAGCAGUGACAGUGGAUGCAAACAGAACGAACCAUCCAAAGCUUCAGCAAUUUUGGAGUUCUUGUACAGUGGAGGCAAUAAAGAGAAGUAAUAGAGAACGUCUUAACAUUCGAGGUAUUAGUCGUAUUCCAUGAAACCUAUGUUACUCGGAUUCGGGUUCCCCAUGCAGGACACGGGUACGUGUCCAAGUGUCUGACUCGGCUAUUUUGGGAAAAAAAUUCAUGAUUUUGGUCCAAAAUGAUGUUUUUUUCACGAUUUUGGUCCAAAAUGAUGUGUCCAAUGUCCGUACCCAUGUCCGAGUAUCGAAGAUCCGACGCGGGUAAUUGAGGUAAAAUGAAAAGUCCAAGUAACCUAGCAUGAAAAUUUUAAGGAAAUACAUGACCUCAAGCUUGUUAUGUUUGAAAAACUUUUACCGAAUAACAUUGAACAACCUUUUAUAAAAAAAACCUUAUAAACAUGUAAAGUGUAGGAUAAAGUAGGGCCAUAGAGUUAUUUUUACUUUUUUACAGUUUUCUUUUAUUCAGUGUCAGGGAACUAACAAUUAGCCAUUUUGUGUUUUUGUAAACUUUAGAGCUUUGUAGAAUGUAUAGGAAAAACGCGAAUACAUUUUCUUCUCUUUUUGGAAUCAAUUGUACUUGUAUAUAUUCAGAACCUGUUUGGUUAACAUGGAAAUUUAAUUUCCAUAGGAAGUUGUAAUUCAAAGGAAA